GAUGGCACUUGGAAAUCGGCCGCCACGGCGGCUUACCCUUCGGAUUUUGCUGCUUUCUUCGCCCGUCUCUCUUUGAGUGUGGUGCCUGAGCUGAGGGCCGUGGCUGACUCCGACCUGAUCCCAGCCAACAUCCCUUCAUCAGCCGAAGCCUUUGCCACGGAGUGCAUCGCACGCGGUUCUUUCGAUCGCGCUUCAGUUCAGAUUCUUUUCGACUUGCUUCCUAAGACUCGGCCUCAUAAGAUCACAGGCAGUGCAGAACCUGGCACCGCUUUCUUUGGAGGCACUGUGCACCAGGAGGGUCUCACCGCACCGCGGUCCACUUGUUUUACAUUCCCCGAGUCCAUGCGUGUGAUCAAUGCUUUUCUUCACUCCGUGGACCCGCACCACCGUUACGCUGCUUUUGUUCUCACAAAGAACGUUACUAGUGAGGUUCAUCGUGAUCCGCGGAAUGCAGCUGUGCCCAACUUGAUUGUGGCAAUUUCCUCCUUUUCUGAUGGUGGCAUUUGGAUACAGGAUGACUCAGGUACCCAGGUGCGAUCCUUUCACGGCUCGCCCGUCACAGGCACUGUACACUCCUUGCAAGACGGACCCGUCUACCUGGAUGCCCGUGGAUGUUUGCACGCUACCCAACCUUGGGUUGGGGAUCGUCUCAUCGCCAUUGCAUACACCCCUCAGAACGUGCACCUGCUCUCUGUUGAUGAUUCGGCUUUUCUGGCUUCAUUGGGCUUUCCUGUCUUGGAUUCCUCUCCUGCGGGGGGGGAGGCACCAGCGGAAUCCUUCGUUUCCUCAGACAACUUCACCUUGGCUGCAGCAGUGCCGGCGAUAGACAACUCAGGCACUGGAGACGCUCAGGAGGUCGUGGUGGUCGAUCAUGAGGAGUCGGCCAGGGAAGCUUUUGACCCCAAGACUAGUCGCGCUUUCGGGCAGCCCAUGAUCUGCAAGUUUGAAAUGGGCAAGCAAGAGUUUGUGGACAGCUUCGGGUUGUGUUCGCCUGGCCGUUGGGCUCCCGAGGCGAGAGAGAAGUUGGCGUCGAGUGAUGAGGUGGCACAUGCAGAGGGAAUUCGCGGAUUGCUACGAGACUUUGUGAUUGAUCAGCUGAAAGACCCCAAGGACAUGGCGUUCCGUCUCGCGACGGGCCAUGUGAAGAAUUCUCCUUUCGCGGAGUCUGCCUUGCAGAAGUUGAGGCAGAGGAUCGUCGGGUUGAUCCCAGGGGCGUCUUCAGACCUGCUGCGUGUACCCGAGCGGACUGUGGUUUGCGGCGGAACUGACAAUUCUUCGACUGGCAAGCUGCAGAAGAAGGGCUCGAGCACUAAGUGGCCGUUGAUGGGCAUUCAGAUGGCUUGUGCAGCGGCUUUGCAUAAAGUGAACAAGCAGCUCAUGCUGCAGUGGAGGCCUAGAGAUGAGAACACUUUGUCGGAUGCCAUCACCAACCACGACUUUUCGAGUUUCUGCCCGGAGCUGCGAGUUCCUUUGAGGCUGGACGAUCUGCCGCUUGAUAUUUUCCUUCGCAUGGUCCACUCCAGGGGUGCUUUCUUGGAUUCGCGUGUCAGCUUGCAGCGAUUGGUCUCGAGGGAGUCGGCAAUGUCUCGCCGGGAGAAGGAGACGAGCAAAACACCUUGGCUUCAGACGGCAAGAUCCAGUUCGACGCACCGAUUGAAAACAAUGGUCUUCGAGUAUGCCUUCGAUUGCGCGAUGCCUCAAGAGUGCUCAAAGGUUCGACUCUACAGUGUGAAUGAGCUUCAGACGGCAAGAUCCAGUUCGACGCACCGAUUGAAAACAAUGGUCUUCGAGUAUGCCUUCGAUUGCGCGAUGCCUCAAGAGUGCCGUUGGACCUUCGCUACAGCUUCGGAGGCCGAGCCCACGGUGCGGCAGUCUCGCCGUGCACCGCAGUUAAUCCCCGAAUUUAAGGAGUUCCGGGAUUCUAGGCCUGCCCAGGGUGAGUUUCGCGAGCUUGUACGUGACAGGGGCAGCGACGGAAGCUGCUCAACUUUCGGCAUCUUUCACACAAAGCAGGAGUUCACCCACAGGGCCCUUAAGCUUGAUCAUCCCUUCGACGACGCAGUGGCGAUUGACGACAGCACAAGAAGGAACAUUUUCGAUCUUCUUACCAAAGGCCUUUCGUCUGUUGCUCAGAAGCGCAUCAAUGCCACAAAGAAGGUGAAUCAGAUGGCGAAGGAGCUCUCAGUGGAGGAGGCAAGGUUUCACGCUUCGUUACCACAGCAUGCUCAGGAGGUCUUGAAAGGCAAACGCAUACUGCUGUGGAGAAAGCUGUUGCAAGAAACUGGAUUCCCAGAUGUUUCGGUCGGUGAGCUCAUGGAGGGCGUCGACCUUGUCGGCAAACCGGCCAAGUCGCCUCUGUUCGAGUGGAAAGAGGUCCCUGCGACUUCUUCCGUGCAAGAUCUCCUGGACUCAUCUGUUUGGCGUAAUCACGCGCUUCAGAAGUCGCCUGAUGUUGACGACUCGGGCGAUCUUACGAGCAAGCUUUGGGAAUGCACUCUGCAGGAGGUUGAGAAAGGUUUUCUCAAGGGGCCGUUCCAGUCAGAGGAGCAAGUUCGUGCAGCGCUUGGUGAAGAAGCUGUCUGCUGCACCCGGAGGUUCCUUGUCGUCCAGGGUAGUGCUGAGAAUCCGAAGUUCAGGCCCAUUGAUGAUUUUCGAGAAAGUGGCAUCAACGCAGCCUUUCAUUCCCUUGAUCGCCUGCGUUUGCACGACGUCGACUUCUUCAUUACCUUGUGCCGCUUCAUUUGCAAUGCUGUGGACGAGAAAGGAGUAGUUGCGGUAUUCCUCAGAAACGGAGAACAACUUCGAGGGCUGGCGGUACUCCUCGUUCGCGAGCCGCUCACGAAUGCUUUUCGCUUCUUCGUCAGCGGCGUAUUUUAUGAUGAUGACCCACGGCCCUUGAAGCGGGAUCUUCGGCUUCUGCUUCCAGUGACACUCAAGAAGCCAUUUCCCAACAUUUGUACGACCUUUCGCUGCAAGUUGCUUCUCUUGAACAGCAGUUGCGUGCUGCACGCGCAGAGCUCAGCGACAUCCAGCGCGAGCUCCGGGGCCUGGAAACUGAAAGGUACCAGCAUUCCCUCCGCCUGGGGUGGUCGGAAAGGCUUGUGCAGCGAUUGCAUCAGGUGUUUCGCUCCGAGUCUUAAGCUUCUUUUGCGGGGGAUGAGUGCUGAAGCUUUUUAUCCGGAUGAGGGGGCCGUCUCGCAGUCUGUUGAAUCAGGUCAGCAGGUCCCUCUGUCUGCCAUACCUGCCAGCCCAAUAUCUCCGAAUUCGGCUGUGUUUGAGGGCACACCUGAUCAGAGUCCCUUAGCGGCCUCCAUGAGCAACCCCGCCGAGGGCGAUGAUCUUACUGAGGAGCAACUGGGGGGCCUGAUGUCUCGCGAGGACACACAACUUCCCCCUGACGACGACCCGACUGCAGACCGAUUGGAACAGCAGCUUGCAGGCUUCAUUGCCUACGGCGGCUGCGCAGGUGAUUGGCAUGCCAUGAACUCAGGUUUCAUUCUUGCAAGGCAUUCCCGUCAGGCGAUGCCGUGGGAAAGAGUGACCAGGCCCCGCUUGGGGCCUGGCUUCAUGUUCCAGGAGCCGUUGCUAGGUCGUUUCGACGGUCUUAGGAGGGCGGCGAUCCCCGCCCCUGCAGCAGGGCCGUGGGCAUGGGUGCCCAAAGGAACUUACGAGGCCAGGCGACUUCUCGCAGCCAGGUUUGCCAAAAGCGAUGACAUGCUUAGGCUUUCCGCACUAAAGAAAAUUCGGCUCAUUGUGCUUUUCUUCCCGGAUGAUUCGGAGCUUGGAAGGAACCUCGUGGGUUCUGCAGGCUCCCUGGUGGAGGAAUCCAUGCUGACCUCGACCAUCGAGGACACUUUUUCAGGCAGAGCCGCCAGCACCCUUCUGAAGCGUGCCUCAGAUUUCUCAAGGUUUGCCAAGUGGAUCGUAGCUAACAAAGGGCGCCCGCUGGCGCCGUCCGAAGGCGAGUUGUAUGCUUACAUGCUUCACUUGCGACGGGAGAAAGCCGGAGCCACCGCCGGCGAGUCUUUUCUCAAGGCCUACAAGUUCUUUGUGCACUUGACCGGGGCAGAGACAGGCUCCAGGAUUUCCCCUCGUGUGCAGGGAGCAGCCAAGGCGAUGUCUUUGGCCAAACGGCCGCUCUGGCAAGCACCUCCCCUUCCGGUGGAGGCAGUGCGGCUCCUGGAAGAGUUGGUUCACGAGUCCGAGGAUUAUGCCAGGGCCAGCAUAGCAGGGUUCAUUCUUUUCUGCCUCUACUCCUCGGCUCGAUGGUCGGAUGCGGCUCGAGGGACUCACUUGAGCAUUGACGUGGCAGGUAACGGGCUUGUCCUUCUUGAGUGUUCGACAAAACAUUACAAGACGAAGGCCAAGGACCGAAAGGAUACCGUGCUGCCUUUGAUUGCACUGGGCAGUGGCUUAACUCAGCCCUCAUGGGGACGUGUCUGGAUGCGCAAGAGGGCCCUGGCAGGGCUACCAGAUUGUGCCGUAAUCAUGCCGGCCAUGUCGCCGGGAGGGAACUUUCUAGGUAGGGCCAUGACGGCUGCGGAGGGUUCCUUGUGGCUUCGUGAGUUUUUGCACUUGCAGGGUUUCGCAGGGGAUCUUGAACAGUACAGCUCGCACAGCCUGAAAGCAACCGCCUUGUCCUGGACGGCCAAGAGCGGGACCAUGACCUACGAGGAGCGCCUUACCCAGGGGCAUCAUUGCAGCCCAAAGCACGGCAUGGCUCUCCUGUACUCGAGAGAUGCGCUUGCAGAAAUCAUAGUGAAGGUAGCCAAGGUCGUGAGUGCGGUGAGCCGGGGAGUGUUUAGUCCCGACCUCCCGCGAGCCGAGAGGGUCGCAAGAGCUCUGCAUGGCGAUCCAGCAGAUUUUGCACAUCUUCCUGAGACGACGGCUGAGGAUUUGCCGGCCGAAGAGCCUCAAGAUGAGAACAACUCCGAGGCUGGGUCUGACAUAACAAACCUCGACGGUCUCGAAGCGGACCUGGGGGCACCGGCCCCGGAGGAGGUCCGUCCUCGGCUUAGCUGCACGUUCUCGGGAGAGACCUACAUGCACGUCUUGAGUGGAGUGGUGCAUAAGUUGGUCAACCCCGGAAUUUUUAAGUGCGGCAGGAAGGUCACGGCGAACAUGCGUUUGAUGGGGCCUGAGGAGGCUCAGGAGAAUGUCUGCCAGCAGUGCGCAGCUUGA